AUAAACUGAAAAGAUUCAAUUUAAGAGAAGAACAUUUAUCAUUGUCCAUCAGGCUGAUUCAUGUUUUGACUCUCUCCCAGAAAAACGGGAGACUAUCUGUAUCUGUUUCAGUUGCGGUCCGUGAACGCAACAGAUAACGUGUACACAAACUUUAAUGGAGAAAGUUCUCAGCCAUCUGGCGACUUUUCGAUAUCUAAACUUCGCACUAACUUGUCUUCGUGAACGUGUCUGUCAGCGAUCUGACAGGUAGCCAAUCAGAGCGCCCUGUCGCACGAGCCCGCCGCCUCCGCGGCACCGAGUCCCGCACGCUCAUUGGACAGAGAAAGAGAGCCCGAGGAAUCUCACACGCGAGCCGCUCGCGUGCAGACCGCGGCUCUUAUAAAUAUAACCACGGGCAUUGGGGAACAGGAACGAAAAGUGUGUGCCAGUUUGGCGACGGGACAGGAGUGACUUCUAACAUUUGUCGGCAAUAAACUAUCCUGCGGUCUGCCAGGAGAAGGCGGGACACUCUGCCUCGGUCCCACUUGUUUUUUGUUUUUUUUUGUCGUUGCUCUCAGGAAAGUUUGUUGUCACUGUCCGUGUUCCACUUGUCUGACCGUUAACCCGAAGAUGCCAGCCGGAACCUUCGAGAGGACGUCUCCGUCCGCUGUGGCUGCUACUCCGGCCAGUGGCGAUUCCACGCUGGAAAAACCUCGGACUAUUACAGAGAGCAGAAAAUCUUCAAAGCCAAUUAUGGAGAAGCGGAGACGCGCGCGCAUCAAUGAGAGUCUCUGCCAGCUGAAGGCUCUCAUCCUGGACGCUCUCAAGAAAGACAGCUCGAGACACUCUAAACUGGAGAAAGCAGACAUACUUGAGAUGACUGUGAAACACCUCAGAAACAUGCAGAGACUUCAGAUGACUGCUGCUGUGAACACAGACCCACUGGUCCUCAGUAAAUACCGAGCCGGGUUCAGCGAAUGUGUGGGAGAGGUCACCCGCUUCCUGUCCACAUGCGAAGGUGUGAACACAGAUGUGCGGACUCGUCUCCUCGGCCACCUUGCCGCCUGCGUGACCCAAAUGGGCUCAGUGAACUUCUACGGACCUCCCGUGGGCGCCCUUGGACAAACUAGCCCUCAAGUUCCGCUGGUUUCGGCCCAACAGGUGGCCUGCAAAAGCAGCCCGCAGGUGCAAGUGUCCCCAGAGGCUCUGAAGCUGUAUGGCGGCUUCCAGGUUGUGCCGUCGCCGGAUGGACAGUUUGCCUUCCUCGUUCCCAGUGCGGCUCUCACACCUCUGAGCGCGCAGAGCAGCCAUCGUGUUUCCCCUGCGGCGCCUGCCGUCACGUCCGACUCGGUGUGGAGGCCGUGGUAGGAGCUCUGUCAAAAAGACUGUGAGGAAAAAAUUAACUCGAAGGCAUUUAAACGCAUUUUUGUACAUUUUGUAUAUAUUUCAAAGAUGGCAUUGAGAGAUUCAUUUAGAUCCUUUUGUUGUUUUUUUAUAUUGAUAUUUUUAAGAGAUGUGCGUGGCCUCUUUUCGGCCCCGUAAUUUUUUAUUUUUCUUACGGAAAAAAAUCACAAGCCUUAGUAGGCCGAGAAUAUCCAUGACGAGUUCUUCAAAAGCACUGUAUUUUUCUGAGACAAAUAAAAGCUUUUUUUAUAACCCGUGAAGCAUUUCUUGAGCUGACACAACUUCAUUUCU